AUGCCCCUGUCCCUCCUCAAGAAGAAGCUUGGUCGAUCACUGUCGACUGCACACCCACCUCCUGAACCCUACGCCAAGAAAUCCCGCCAGUGUGAAAACGAAAAGGUCUCCAGGAGCGUGGCUGAGAUGCCCGAACGAACACCAGUCGCACCAAUACCACGACACCAUUGCACUGCCGGUACGCCGCUACUCGUUGUCGCGCAAAUCAUCUGA